AUCGAUGGAGUAUCUGUAUAUAUAACACUCUACAGUCGUUCAUUCACCAGCCUCUCUCACCCUAUUUUUACUCGUUGUCUAACGCAUUGCCUAUAAGCCUUCGUUCCUCUUACUAUCCUUGUUUUUUUCCUCUCUCGCAGUCAUGGGAAAGAUCAAGAUUGGGAUCAAUGGAUUCGGAAGGAUCGGGCGCUUGGUGGCAAGGGUCGCUCUUCAGAGAGAUGACGUUGAACUCGUCGCUGUUAACGAUCCUUUCAUCACCACUGAUUACAUGACCUACAUGUUUAAGUAUGACACUGUACACGGCCAAUGGAAGCACCAUGAACUCAAGGUUCAGGACUCGAAGACCCUUCUCUUUGGGGUGAAGCCGGUCACUGUUUUUGGAAUCAGGAACCCUGAGGAGAUCCCGUGGGCUGAGGCUGGAGCUGAAUUUGUUGUUGAGUCCACUGGAGUUUUCACUGACAAGGACAAAGCUGCUGCUCAUUUGAAGGGUGGUGCAAAGAAGGUAAUCAUUUCUGCCCCUAGUAAGGAUGCUCCCAUGUUCGUUGUGGGUGUCAAUGAGAAGGAGUACAAGCCAGAGCUUGACAUUGUCUCCAAUGCUAGCUGCACCACCAACUGUCUUGCUCCAUUGGCAAAGGUAAUCAACGAUAGAUUCGGUAUUGUUGAAGGCCUUAUGACCACUGUCCACUCCAUUACUGCCACACAAAAGACUGUUGAUGGACCAUCAAUGAAGGACUGGAGAGGUGGUAGAGCUGCUUCCUUCAACAUCAUUCCUAGCAGUACUGGAGCUGCGAAGGCUGUUGGUAAAGUGCUGCCUGCAUUGAACGGGAAACUGACUGGAAUGGCUUUCCGUGUUCCCACUGUUGACGUUUCAGUUGUUGACCUUACUGUGAGACUUGAGAAGAAGGCCAGUUAUGAGGAGAUCAAAGCUGCUAUCAGGGAGGAAUCUGAGGGCAAACUGAAGGGAAUCCUUGGUUACACUGAGGAUGAUGUGGUGUCCUCUGACUUUGUGGGUAACAGCAGUUCUAGCAUUUUCGAUGCCAAGGCUGGAAUUGCACUGAAUGACAACUUUGUGAAGCUAGUCGCUUGGUAUGACAAUGAAUGGGGUUACAGCACUCGUGUUGUUGACCUGAUCCGACACAUUGCCUCUGUUAACUGAGGGCUGUUGGGCUUCCAGACUGAGAUCACCUGAUGUUGAGCUUCCAUUUCCUCCGGCUAGUUUGCAGUUUAGUUUGUUUAAGGAGUGAGGUGUUUUGGAAUAAUGGAUUUUUGAGGAGAGUAUCGUUAAACUGGUUAUAUCCCAUCUAGUCUUUUAUCUUCAAAUCGGGUGGUCAUUGUAUUACCCUCUUUCUUUUUUCUGCAUUUGAUGCAUUUUGACCAAAUCAUCUUAAAUAUUACUUGGAGAUAUGUUAAUCAAUUUUCUUGUUCCUCAGACAUGGUUUUCUUU